CGCCAUGAAAGCUCAACGGGAAUUUUUGAAAACUAUAGGUUUCUGACGGUACUUAAAAAUUCGCCUGUGUAGAAAUGCGUUAUGGCCUCGUCGAAAUCAAGCUAUUUAGAGAAGGGCGCGGCCUAUCUUUCCUCAGAAAGUGAACAAUUUGCUGAGCUUGAAGACGCCGAAAUUUUGACGCUGCUACAGUCUUCAGACGGAGAGAGUUCGUCUGACGAUGAUCUUGUUCUUCCAUCAAACCAAAAAGUCUCGCCUGACCCAUCUUUGGGUGAUUCGUCAGUGUGGAAAGCUGCAGCAAAUCUUUUUAACUUUAUGGAAGGCAUUGGCUUUCUUGCUGUGCCCUAUGCGCUCAAAGAGGGAGGAAUAGCCGCCAUGGUAAUGUUUAUAAUAACCCCAAUUAUCAUGCGAUAUUUAGGAACAAUUCUAACUGAGUGCCUCUAUGACGAGGAUGAGCAAGGAAACAGACAUCGCGUGAGGUCAGGAUAUAAAGAUCUAGGCGACGUGCUUUUACCCAAAUAUGGUGGUUAUAUAGUGUCUGGUAUUAUUCAGCUGGUCGUCUUUUUGGCGGCUGUUUCUUAUCUUGUCCUUUUCGGAUCUGUCAUGCGCCAUGACUACCCGUCUGUACCCAUCACAGAGCGCAUGUGGGUAGGAAUCUCUGGAUGCUUGGUGUUGCCGACAGUUUUCCUGAAGUCACUCUCGCAGAUUGCAUGGUUAAGUGCUACCAGCGUGGUUGCUUUAAUUGCAGUUGUAGUGUAUAUUUUAUGGUACGGAGCAGAGAACACGGACGAGUGGGACCUGAGCACCAUCCUGUUUUGGGACACCGAAGGUGUGUUUACAUCUUUAUCAAUUUUGCUGUGCAGUUACUCUUCUCACCAAAUAAUUCCAUCUGUAGAGGGAAGUAUGGCCGACAGAACAAAGUUCGGAAAAGCUUUAACUUUCGCUUAUGUCGUAAGCGCAUCGAUGAAAUUAUCCUUCGCUGUUUUUGCUUUCCUUUCCUUCGGCGCCAACACAAAUGAAUUUAUAUUAAAUAGUAUUCCCUCAGGACCCGUUCACAGAGCUGUUGGUUCUUUCUUCGCUUUGAAUUGCAUACUGUCCUACGGUCUCGCUAUUUAUCCAGUGAUUGAGUCUGUUCACAAAUCAGUUACCACACGCAUUCAAAAUGAUCAAAUACCUGACUUUGUGACAAACGCAGUGAUUCGAGUCACAGUAGUUGUUCUGUCAGUCGUUGUGGCCAUUUUAGUGCCAAGUUUCUUGGUAAUCGUUUCAUUUAUCGGAAGCGUAUUAGAUUCUCCCGUAUGCUGCAUUUUCGCAAUUGCCUUGCGUUUUAAGCUCAAGUAUGAGCGCCUUAAGAUACAUCAGGUCUGUUUUGAUAUUUUUGUAGUAAUUUUCGGGGUUAUCGUAAUGGUAUUAGGUGUUACUGUGUUCAUUAAAACCCUUAUUAACUUUCAUGAACAAUAACUAAUACUCUACAUUUCUCAAAGUGCCUCAAGCUAGAUAUUUGUUGCCAUAAUUUAAAAACGUACUAUUUUAGAUAUGUACAUAAUAUACCAUUUUAUAAAAUAAUUGAGCUCCUACGCGCGCUCUUAUUGGUCGUUAGGUGUGUUUGGAUGAGAGUGUGCAAACACGGUUUUGACGUUUGAUAGAGUACUUUUUCCUGGUUUACAUAGCCUAAUAAAAACACUUGGGGGGCU